GAGAGAGAGAGAGAGAGAGUGUGUGAGAGAGAGAGUGUGUGUGUGUGUGUGAGAGAGAGAGAGAGAGUGUGUGAGAGAGAGAGAGAGAGAGUGUGUGUGUGAGAGAGAGAGAGAGAGAGAGAGAGAGUGUGUGAGAGAGAGAGAGAGAGAGAGAGAGAGAGAGAGUGUGUGUGUGUGUGAGAGAGAGAGAGAGAGAGAGAGAGAGAGAGAGAGUGUGUGUGAGAGAGAGAGAGAGAGAGAGAGAGAGAGAGAGAGAGAGAGAGAGAGAAUAUUCUGAACCUAUAACAUUAACUCAUAUUAAAAGCAUGGUCGCUUUAAAUAACUCCUGACCUCUGAUUGGCUGAUAUUUCCUUAUAUUAAUAAUGACAGAUUAAACUGACCAAUCAGAGCUCAGUAUAUACUCGGUGCAUUUUGAGAAACAGAACCAUGAAGACAAUCCUGUAAAAUUAAUAAAUUAUGAUAUUUUGCUCCUCGGAAAGUAAAAAAAACACAAGCGUUCAGUUCAUUUAAACAGAAAUAAAAGUUUAAAUAAUAUAGUAAUUUUGUCUCAAAAUGUUUAAAGAAAAAAAUAUAGUGGUCUCAAAAUGUUUAAGACAAGACCAGCGCGAGGAAGUGUCCAGAUAAACAUAUCACAAAUACGGCUAAUGCUAACGGCUAAACACCCAGACCUCCUCAUGUGCACUCACUGUGUUGAGAGUUAAAUAGUAGGCGAUUAAAGGUUUCUGGAGAGGACUUUAACUCAUCAAAGUAAAAAAAAAAUACAACUAAUAAAACUGAUUAUUGAGUAAAAGCUCACACAGAUGAGGAACUCCUAGCUAAUGAUUCGAAAACAUGACCAGAGAGGGUCAGGAUGUCGGAAAAUGACUAACAAUAACCACAAAUGUUGUCUAGUUCACUCACUAGCAUGUUCAUCUGGAGAAUAUUAUCACUUUUUGUUGCUGUAAUAUGACACAACUGGCACAAUUUACGCUGAUUCAUUCAGUAAACAGCAAUAAAGUGUAAUUGGAGCUGAUGACCAGUUUAAAAUAAUUCCUUUAAAGGUCAUUCUGUGCAGUGUUUAGUGAAAUGAUGUGACAUGAAACUAAAUGCGGUGUUUUUUAGUCCACGUGGAGGCGGUGGAGGCCAGGUAAGUGCCGCCAUCACGCUGGAACCGGUCAUUGAUCUCACGCUUUUACGGGCUAGUGUCUUUAUAGCAUCAUUAGGACCCACUUUCCAAACGCACAGCUAUAAACCGUCCUCAUUACACGCACGCUGCUAUAAAAUUAAAGAUCUUCAACAAGUGUGUUUUACGCAAAACAAAAAUAAAAGCGCCUGUACCGGAAGUGUAGGUUUUAGGAAACUCAGUGUCAUUUGCAGUCAUGGAAAGGCAGCACAUGCGUCAAGGGUGCGUUAAACAAGACACGUCCAGUAUAAAAGUGAAGGACGGUCACUCCGUCAGUCCAUUUUCCACAGAGCUUCUAUCAGCUAUGAAGGUCCUGCUGUUGGUAUGUGUCCUGGCCUCUCUGAUGGCCCUCACGCCGCGGACGGAAGCGUCACAAAUUCCCAUUAAGCUGUGCGGCCGCGAGUUCCUGCGCGCUGUCGUCUACACCUGUGGUGGCUCCAGAUGGAGGAGGAGCCUAAACGAGAUCUUCACAAAGGACUCAGAGCUAGAGGACACGCUGAGGUUCAGGAGGAGUGAGGACUCAGGAUUGCUGGAUCUCUGCUGCCGAGUGGGCUGCAGGAAGAGUGACCUGACGCUCAUGUGCUGAGAGAAGCACAGUCUCUCUGACCUCCGCAUUUCUGACCGGUGAAUGAAGAUGUUUAUCACGAGAAAGAGAAAGCAGCUUGUGAUCAUGCUGCAACAGACAGACAAAUUAGCUAGAAGAGUUUUACACACAAACCUGCUCAGGCUGAAAAUGAACAUUUCUUUUGUCUUCAUGUCCACUGGA